AUGGUUGUUAGUCCGAAGCUGGGGAAGCUAAAGGUGGUGCGGCGGCAGCUGCUGCAGAGGUAUGAGCACCAGCCGUUUGUGUCGUGUCUGGCUGGUCUGUACGGCUGUCAAUGGAGACGCUACCAGAGGGCCAAGUCUCAGCCUGGGGAGUGCUGCUGCAGCAGGGUGGAGUGUGGGAGCGUCGUCCUUCUGGUCCUGACCUUCCUACUCUCCUCUCUGUUCCUCUACUUCUGGAGCCAGGCUCACAACGAUUACAAUGAUUUUGAUUGGUUUAACUUUGAGACUCUGGGAUUCUGGUUCCCCUGGUCUCUGGUGCUGCUGGUUGUUGCUGCUGCUCUGUUCUCCUACAUCUCUCUGCUGCUGGUACUGGCAGUGUGUUUACUGUCUGAGGGACAGAGGUUGUACCUUCACUGGAGUCACAAGAUGGGGAUUGUGGUGACCCUGGCAUUCGCUGUCAGUGCCACGGCUGUUCUGUCUGAGGUGUGGAGUAAAGAGUGGAAGACCCUCCUCCUCUCCCUGCAGGUCACAGCCCCCUUUCUUCAUGUAGGCGGGGUUUUAUUUUUGACUCUCCUGUCCUGGCCAAUAGCGCUGCACUUUUUUCGCAUGAACAAGAGAGUGCAUCAGGUGUGUCUGUUGGGUGUGUACCUGGGUGUAUUGUUCAGUCUGUACCUGGUUCCUCUGGCCAUGUAUUCUCCCUGCAUCAGAGAAGCUGGAACCCUGGGGCCAAAACCAACACUCCUCGGACACAGAGGAGCUCCCAUGCUUGCUCCAGAGAACACUCUAAUGUCCUUUGAGAGUGCAGUGGAGGCUGGAGUGGACGGGCUGGAGACUGACAUCACUAUAAGUGCUGAUGGCGUUCCGUUUGUGAUGCAUGACCUCACCCUGCAGAGGACCACUAACGUAGAGGAGGUGUUUCCUAACAGAACACACACACCUGCUGCCCUGUUCACCUGGUCUGAUGUACAGCUGCUCAACGCUGGGGCCUGGUUCCUCUCUUGGGAUCCUUUUGGCACGGUGUCCUCUCUGUCUCCAGAGCAGCGAGCGCUAGCUGCCAACCAGACCGUUCCCUCCCUGGCUGAAGUUCUGGACGUAGCGAAUCGGACGGGCAGGACAGUGUUGUUUGACCUGAGACGGCCUCCUCCUGGACACCCUUAUAGAGACAACUACCUCAACAUCACCCUCGACCUCAUACACACACACAUCAACUCCAGCCAAGUGCUGUGGCUGCCAUCAGAUCAGAGAGGGGAGAUACAGCAGGUGGAUCCAGAGCUGCAACAGGCAGCCGGACAGACUGCCUCUAUUCAGGAACUACAGGACAACCACAUCAUUUCCCUCAACCUGCAUUACAGCACCAUGUCUCUGCAACACAUCAGUAAGUACAGGUCGGUGAACAUCAGUGUGAACCUGUAUGUAGUGAACCAGCCGUGGCUCUACUCUCUGGCCUGGUGCAGUGGAGCAUCCUCUGUUACCACCAACAACAUGCUGCUGAGAGAUAUACACACACCUCUGCUCCUUGUGACUCCAGAGCAGUACAGUGUGAUGUGGGUUCUGACUGACCUGGUCUCUGCUGCUCUUAUCGUCUGCAUCUUCAUAUUCCACUGGUGGCGUGAGCGAGGCUUACACUUCUGGUCAGGCAGUCGGCAGACACACAAGACCGGGCCUUAUAGCAAGUUCCGGACCGAUCCAGUGGAGUCAGGGAGGGGUCGAUGGAAUCCCUUCCACUCAGAGUCUCCCACUAGAACCCUCAUCUCCCUCCCUCUGGACCUUAACCCAUGAACCACUCAACUCGUGAACCCUGCAUGAACCUCCCAUGAACCCUCUGGUUCUCAACCCUUGAAACCUGCAUGAACCACUGACCCUCCCAUGAACCAUUCCCAAACCAUUGGACCUCAACCCACACAUGAACCCUGCACCAACCGCUGACCUGAACCUCAACUACCCCACCCCUGACCUCUAACCCCUAUCCUUUGCCCGGCAGAGCUCAGCGACGUCUGGUCCAUCUCCAGUGGGAAUGUCCGAACGGAACUACGGACCCCCAGUACCCUCCACACCAUCACAGAGGAGUAACACACAGACACUCACACAGAGGCAUAUAAGUACACACACACACACACACAGACACUCACCCAGUCACACACACACAAAGUGUGAACGCACAAGGAAAACGGGGAGGAAAACAAGAGGAGGAACUGAAUGUGUAAAAAGAGGAAGAGGGUGAUGUAAUGUGAAAGAUGAGUCAGUAUUUUGAUCAUCCUGACUAAGACUGUUGUUCCUGUUUCCUCACCUGACCAGCUCAUUCACACUCAUUCUGGUGACCACUGGAACUACACAACUGAACUGCUCAAGUAUGAAGUAUACACUGAACAAAAAUAUAAAUGCAACAUGUAAAGUGUUGGUCCCAUGUUUCAUGAGCUGAAAUAAGAAAUCCCAGACAUUUUCCAUACGCACAAAAAGCUUAUUUCUCUCAAAUUUUGUGCACAAAUUUGUUUACAUCCCUGUUAGUGAGCAUUUCUCCAUUGCCAAGAUAAUCCAUCCACCUGACAGGUGUGACAUGUCAAGAAGCUGAUUAAACAGCAUGAUCAUUACACAGGUGUACCUUGUCCUGGGGACAAUAAAUGCCCACUUCAAAAUGUGCACUUUUGUCACACAACACAAUGCCACAGAUGACUCAAGUUUUGAGGGAGCGUGUAAUUGGCAUGCUGACUGCAGGAAUGUCCACCAGAGAAUUGAAUGUUAAUUUCUCUACCAUAAGCUGCAUGGUAGAGAAUUUGGCAGUACAUCCAACCAGCCUCAGAACCACAGACCACGUGUAACCACUCCAUCCCAGGACCUCCACAUCUGGCUUCUUCACCUGAAGGAUCGUCUGAGGGGGGGGGCACGGCUCCCCAGUGGGUGGGCCUAUGCCCUCCAUGGCUGCACCCCUACCCAGUCAUGUGAAAUACAUAGAUUAGUGCCUAAUGAAUUUAUUUCAAAUGACUGAUUUGUUUCUAUGACCUGUAACUCAGUAAAAUCUUUGAAAUGGUUGCAUGUUGUGUUUACAUUUUUGUUCAGUAUAUAUUUGUUGUUCUCAUAACUGCACAGACAUCAGCUGCAUUAGAGGAAUUGAUGAAUAGUGUCUUGUAUUUUGUGCGUGAGUGAGUGGAUGCAGGUGAACACUGACUGUACUGUGGUUUUAAUGAUCAUCAGUUGCUAUUUAGAUUUGAAUGUAUGACCAAGCAGUAGCCUAGUGUUUUAGCAUGGCAGUGAAAUUCAGCGUCUGCUUCUGCAAACAUACAUCUAUCUAUCAUGAGAUCUACUUUAUUUUGAGGUUGUAGAAGCUAUGUGAGUAUGACUUUCAGGUGUUGUGUGGAAAGUUGCUGGUUUCAGGUGUUAGUCUGAGGGUUGGUUGGUUGGUAAUGGCUCUGUGGACAGUGUUGAGCGGGAGACAGUAGAUCUAAGUGCCAUAGGAGACACACUGUCCACAAGCCACUGGCCAGCCAUACAGAGGAUAGAAGAGAGGUUUUAGGGGGCUUCUACAGAACUUUUGUAAUUAUCUGAAGCCUUCUAGAACUCUCACAAUACAUUCUAGAACACUCCAAGACAAAACAAAUACAUGUUGACAAUCUGUAUGUUCACAGUAAACCAACUAACAACAGAGCAGUUGAUAUUCUGAUGACCAGAGAGUAAAAUGAUCUAAUGCCAUUGGUAGAAUUGCACUCCACCUUGCUUGCAUUAGAGACCGCUAGGCUAUACAAAUACCAUGCUAUCGUGAAUCAAAACCUAUAUUUGGUCCCAAAAAUGAUUCAAAGGUAUCAAACACUCUGAAUGUAAUUGUUGUUAAAUAGCAAAAGGCUACAUAGUAUUUCUGGUCGUUUUCUGUUUAACAGGAUGACCAUUUUGUUUGAAUGUAUGAGCCUUCUCAAUGUUUACUGUACCUCUUUUCUGACUGUAAAUGGUAAUACCUGAUAUUAAACAUCUUUAAAGGGUUGA